GUGUCGGUCCGUUUCCCCCAAAAAUAAAUUUUUUUUGUUCCUUCGCUUGUUCAUCUUCUUUCCAUGGCGACUCCCGUUCCCAGGCCUCCUUUCAAGCUCUCCAGGUCCCUUUCCGCAUUCCUAAGCCCUCGCAAUUCUGCCUCCUUGUCCAAAUCUGUACCUUCUUCUUCUUCUUCCUCUUCGCUUUCCUCCCAUCUCGCCAUGGUGGAACUCAACUCGCGUGUCCUCGCUGUGCUCUCCAAACUCUCCGACAGAGACACUCACCAGAUCGCCGUCGACGAACUCGAGAAGAUCAUUCGGACCCUCCCAGAUACCGGCGUCCCUAUACUCCUCCACGCCCUCAUCCACGACCCCGCCGUGCCUUCGCCCGGCCUGCAGGACCUACCCGCGUCCAAGCAAUCUUCAUUCCUCGUCGCCCGCCGCGAGUCCCUCCGCCUCCUCACUUUUCUCUGUGCCUGCCAUACGGAUGCGGCCUCCGCGCACCUCCCCAAGAGCAUCGCCCACAUUGUCCGACGCCUCAAGGACCCUACUUCCGAUUCCUUAGUUCGAGAAGCCUGCGGCGACGCCGCAGGCUCACUCGCCACGCUGUACCUCCUCCCGUCGGUCGUGGCGGAGACUGCGUCAGAGGACGGCCCUGGCGGAAGUGGAGUAGGCGGAUCAUCGCCGGUGGUGUGGAUGUUCGUGAAACCGUUGUUUGAGGCAAUGGCGGAACAGAACAAGGUGGUGCAGGGCGGGGCGGCUAUGUGCCUCGCAAAGGUGGUGGAGUGUGGGGGGAAAGGAGAAGAUGGGAAAAUUGCAGCAGCAGGGUCCGCAUUCCAGAGGCUGUGCCCGAGGAUAUUUAAGAUGCUUGGUGGCCAGAGCUUUCUAGCCAAAGGAGCAUUGCUUUCAGUUGUCUCUAGCCUUGCUCAGGUAGGAGCUAUUAAUCCCGAGAGCAUACAACAAAUACUGCAAAUAAUUUGUGAAUGCCUUGAGAUUAAUGACUGGGCUACCCGUAAGGCAGCUGCUGAUACAUUAUGUGUGUUAGCUUCUUACCCAAGUCAUUUUCUUGGUGAUGGUGCUGCAACAACCAUAGCUGCUCUUGAGGCUUGCCGUUUUGACAAGGUAAAACCUUGCAGAGAUAGCAUAACAGAGGCACUACAAUUAUGGAAGAGGAUUAAAGGGCAGGAUGGAACUUCACCACAAAAAAAAGAAUCUAGGAAAUCCGAAUUGGCUGAUAACAAUGAAAACGAAGAUCAUGAAGGGUUUGGUUCUAUUAGAGUUCAGGACUUAUCAAAGAUUUCCUAUGCUUCUGCUUCAUCUGGUGAAACCAUGUCUGUAUUAAAGGGAAACAGCACUAACAUACCAGAGAAAGCAGCUGCACUUAUAAAGAAAAAGGCACCUGCUUUGACAGACAAAGAAUUGAACCCAGAAUUCUUCCAGAAACUCGAGAACAGGAGUUCAGAUGACUUACCUAUAGAAGUAAUGGUACCUCAUAGGUGCUUGCAGUCCUCUCAUUCACAAAUCAAAGGGCAACAAGAAAAUUGCAGACACUUGGUGGGAGUGCCAAACUGUGAUGGAACGACACUCCCAAAGUUGGAUUACUCUGAUGGAUGUGAAAAUUUAAAUACAUGGGACAAGGGGUCAGAACAAAGGCUAUUGUGGUGGAAAGAUUCAAAAGAAAAACUUAUUGAUAAUAGAAGUGAGAGAUUUUUGAAGGAUUUACCUCCAGAUCAUUUAGAGGCCACUAGAUCUGAUGCCCAUACUGAAGGGCCAUUUAUGAGUAAUAAAGCCAGUUGGUCAGCCAUACAGAGACGAUUAGCUCAAUUAGAGAGGCAACAAGCCAGUAUCACGAAUAUGUUACAGGACUUCAUGGGAGGCACCCGUGAUAAUAUGGUGAAUCUAGAAAAUAGAGUCAGGUGUCUGGAGAGAGUUGUGGAAGAAAUGCUUCAUGACUUGGCUAUGCCAUCUGGAAGGAGAGGAGGAAGUAUGGCUCUACAAUUUGACAAUUCUUCAGGUAGAUCUUCAUAUACCAGCUCAAAGUUUAGCAGCAUAGUUGAGAUGCGAUUUCCAUUUUCCAAAAGGUUUUUCUCAUCAGGCAGUGUAGUUUCUAGUGUAAGAGGAAGAGAUUCUACAUGGAGGUCUGAAUCUGAAGCAUGUGAUUCAUACGGAUACACGAUGUCAAGAAAUGGAUUUUUGAACUCAAAGCGGGAUUUUGAUGCUGUUCCAGUGGAUGUUGGGGCACACAGAACUGAUCAUGACACGGAUCAAAUCAAUGGCAGGAGUUCGUGGAACAAGGGAUCAGGAUCAAUUAGGCUUGGUGAAGGACCUUCAGCAAGAAGUGUUUGGCGCUCCUCAAAGGAUGAGGCUACUCUGGAAGCAAUUCGGGUAGCUGGGGACGAUAAUGGUACUUCCAGAAAUUCUGCACACAUACCUGCUCCCCAAUUAGAUGCUGAAGCUUUAACAGAUGACAAUCAAUUGCCAGAUAAGGGUCCGCAUUGGGCAUCUUGGACUCGCACCAUGGAUUUAUUUCAUAUUGGUGAUAUUGAUUCAGCUUAUGCAGAGAUUCUUUCAACUAGUGAUGAUUUAUUGCUUGUAAAGCUGAUGGAUAAAUCAGGUCCAGUUUUUGACCAACUCUCUAGUGAAAUAACAAGUGCAGUCUUGCAUGCAAUUGGACAGUUUAUUCUAGAACAAGGUUUGUUUGAUAUAGCCCUAAGCUGGCUUCAGCAGUUGUCAGACCUUGUAGAGAAUGACGUUAACUUCCUUAAGGUUCCACUUGAAUUGAAAAGGGAGAUUUUAUUGAAUCUCCAUGAAGCUUGCAGGCUAAAACUUCCAGACAAUUGGGAGGGGGCACUUCCAGACCAACUAAUGAUGCAGUUAGGUUCAGCUUGGGGUCUCAGUUUGCAACAACUUGUCAAGUAAAGCAUCUAACAAAGCUGGGAGGGGGCACUUCCAGACCAACUUAUGAUGCAGUUAGGUUCAGCUUGGGGUCUCAGUUUGCAACAACUUGUCAAGUAAAGCAUCUAACAAAGCUAAAGUGAGGGGAAAAAAACAUAUAACAGAUCUGUCAUUGCUAUGUAUUUUCUUUUUCAAUUUUUGGUUGUAUUGGCUUUGUUAGAAAUAUACGUUGUAAUUAAAUUCUACAAGGAAAAUUGAUCCUUUCUUCAUUGCACUUAGUAAAAAACAAACAUUUCUCUUGGUCUUGUAAA